GUUCAAUUUAGUAUCUGUCAAGUAAAACGGAAUAAAGAACUUGUUGCUGUUGACAUAUCUCUAAUGAACUCUUCCGGUGAAAAAACUCAAAAUGGCAACAAAAAACUAAAUGGACAAGUUUGUCAAGGUUUUAUUGCUGCACUUAAAGAUGGAUUUGGUUUUAUUGAAACUGUAAAUCAUGAUAAAAUAUUUUUUCACUUCAGCAAUUUUGAAGGGGAUGUUAAUGCUUUAGAAGUAGGAGCUGAUAUUGAAUGUACGAUCAGUUCUGGAAAUGGUAGAGGUAAUGGUGGUUGUGUAGCCGCGGAUUACGUUAAAUUGGUACCUCGUGGAAGCAUUCCUAGGCCAACACCAGUUAGUGAAGUGCUUGAUGGAACAGUUAUUAGACCUUUACGAAGUGCAAAUCCUGACCAGGCAGAGUAUGCUGGCUUAAUAAAAAUAAAUGCUACUAAUGAAGAUGAAGAUACUCCUGAAUAUGAAUUCAGAAUUAUGGGACUUGUCAAUAAACGUGAGCUGUUACAAGCUGGUGAUCCUGUACAAUUACAGGUGGAUUCAGCAGGUCAUGCUUGUAAUAUCGUAGCAGUUAGAAAAAAGAGAAGAGCAACAGUUGAUGCAGUAAAAGGCCCUUUUGGUUUUCUUGCAUAUGAAGUUGAUGAGGUAAGAUUAUUUUUCCACAUGAGUGAGGUUCGAGAUCAUGCAAUACUUCAACCAGGAGAUCAGGUUGAAUUCGUUUUAAUUACGAAUCAGCGUACUGGUAAAUCAUCUGCAUGCAAUGUAACACGAUUAAGUGAUGCCGUUCAACAACGACCCGAACGUUUGAUUAGUCGAUUACGUACUACAUCUUUGGAAGAUACAGGUCCUAAAUUAACUAUAGUUAGGCAACCAAGAGGGCCAGAUGGCACACGUGGAUUUAGUCAAGAAAGAUCACAGCAUACUCCUGGUGCUAUCCAAGAGUAAUGUUGUAUUGAAAAGAUUAUUGCUUAUCCAAAUUGUAAUCUACAUUACUUGUUUUUAGUCCAUACACUUCGGUACCGAGAUUAUUAUUAUUAUAAGCAUCGUAAACAUUUGCCAAAUUGAGACUAAUGUGACAACAAUAAUAACAUUGAUAAUCGAUUGGAUCAUGAUCUUGUUGAGAAAAAAAAAUAUAAACUAAAAAAACAA